AUGAUGGUGCGUGUCUACUACUUUACAGGUCACAACACCAUCAGCUGGCCCACAGUCCUUCUCAUCGUCUACGGCGUUCUCGCCCUAAUCACCGCGGUCUUCGCACUGAUCCUCGCAUACCACGGAGACACACCAUACAGACAUGUCCCCGAGCGGUACCGUAAUCGCCGCUGGGUGAAACCUCUGAUCUCCAUCAUCUUCAUCAUCCUCCCAGCCCUCCUGUGGCCAAUUGUCAUGGUCGGCUUGGGCAUCUUCGUCAUUGGUUGCUUCCUCUUCGACACGGAAGAUGGAAUCUUGAAGAAGAUGAAGGGCGGCAGAAAAGAGAAGGACGUGGAGAAGGGCCUGGGAAUAGACGUGAGCCUCAACCAGCAGUCAACCCCCGAACACAAUCCGGCAGUCACAAGGAACUCCGCAAAUGCCACCACCAUUUCCGAGCUCCCACCUGCACACAAACCACACGAUUCCUCACGCAGACUGCUGCUCGAUGGGGAGAUUGCUCGCUGA